AUGCCGUUUGUUGAAUCGGAACCUGCUGCGGCGGAGUUGUCAUCGAACGAUCUCCCCGAUCGUCUUCCCUUCCCGCCCACCACCUAUUCCCAUAUCCUGCAUUGCUCCUACCAUGAUUGGCACCCGCGAUACCGCAAACUCGUACCCAGCUCGCGCAUUAUCCCUUUGACCUCUCCGUUUGUUGAAUACCUUCGCGCCGACGGCAUCGUUCUUCCACCCGAGGCCGCCGCCCCCACCGACGAUGAUAACCUAGACACAUUCUCCGAUUCGGGCGAGGAGGAACCCGACCCAUCCACAGAAUGGCAUGAGAUUCACACUAAGAUUAAGGAAACUAUCUCUGAUCUCGGGGGCAUCGUCACCCCCAAAUUGAACUGGAGUGCUCCCAAAGACGCUACAUUCAUGGCCGCCACAAAUGACACCCAAUGCCGUUCACCAAAUGACAUCUAUCUCCUCCUGAAAAGUAGCGACUUCAUUACCCACGAUCUAGACCAUCCAUUUGACGACUGUGUGCCGGACACAAUCAGUGACGAGACCACGCCAUCCAGCGUUGACUCACCACUGCCCGAUGUGCCUUAUUCCCUAGUUCUCCGCAAAUACGUCAACUUCAACCCUUCGCUCGAGUUCCGUUGCUUUGUGCGUAAUCGCGUGCUGUUAUGUAUGACACAGCGCGAUCAGAACCACUUCGAUUUCCUCUUCCCCCUGCGUGAUAUGCUCCGGUCCCGGAUUCAGUCAUUCUUUGACGAGAAGUUGAAGGAUACCUUCCCCGAAGACAACUUUGUAUUCGACGUUUAUAUCCCCGCGCCUCACCAGCGUGUGUGGUUGAUUGAUAUCAACCCAUGGGCGCAGCGUACGGAUCCGUUGCUCUACAGUUGGCUAGAGAUUCUCCGGAUGAAGGAUCCAAUCGGUGUGCAGGAGGAAGAAGAUGUCGCGGAAGAAUUUGUGAGAAUUUCUCUCAAAGAUGGCAAGAUCAUGACUUCCGGCACGGCGGAAGAGCUCGAACGAGAAGGCGAUAUUGGUUCCUCCGACUCGGAGGAAGAACACGAGGACGCGGAAGGAGAGGAUGACCAAGCCCCUUUCCUUCCGGAGUUCCGUCUGAUCAAAAAGGAUGAUCCCGAGGCGUACGCAUUCAGUUCUACCCAGUAUUCGGCCCACAAGGUUCCGAGGGAGCUUGUAGAUGCUUCGCUUCAGGGACCUGGUGGUAUGAGUGAAUUCAUGGGCAAGUGGCAUGAGAUUUUGAAGCAGCAGGAGCAGGAAGAUCAGGCUCAUGGCAGUGAUUCCGAUUAA